CCUCUGCUACAUACAAAAUUAUGAAAUAUGUAUGUAUAAGUUACACAUUUGUGCAAAAUUUCAUUUUCAAAAACGUCAAUUGUAUUUUUUACAAAAAUACCCAAACGUUUUACCAACCCAAAAACGUCAUUCUUAUAUUAUAUUAAAAAAUCAGAAAAAUAAAAAUAAAUUUAAAUUUUCUUUCAAUAAAAAUAAAAACAUUUAUUUUUAUUAUUUUCCCUUUAAAUUACUCCUUUCUCUCUUACCAAUUUAUUCUUUUAUAUAUUUUCUCUCAAUUCCCCCUCUUUAUUUAUCAGGCAGUUGUCAAUAAAAUAUUUAAAAAAAUAUUUUUUUUAAUAAAAAUAAUAAUUUUUGUUGCGCUUUUUUGUUGUUUACUUCGUUUAAUAUUUUAGUAAUGUCAAAUGUGUGAAUAUGUUUUUUUUACUUUUUAUGAGCUUUGACCCGUUUUGCCCCAAAAGGCCUUCGUCUAUGUUGUACAAGGCAGCGUUGGGCAAUAAUAAUAUUUUUAAUGACUAGCUAGUUUUAAAUCUAAAAAAAUAAAAAUUUUUGUUUAUUUGUUGAGAGAAUUUAAGUAAAAAACAAAUAAAAAAACAAGAGAUUGAGAUGAGAUCUCGAAUAAAAAUUUCGGUUAUCGAGAACCCUCCCAGUCAGCUUGUUGUGUCUCCGCACUUGUAGAAAGAAUACAAAAAUGAAUAAAAAUAAGACAGCAUCGGGUUGGACGGUGACGGUAGUGCUUCGGUUUGGGCCCUUUCCAUGAUGGUUCUAUUGGGGUAGCUCC